GUCUGCGAGCGAUUGACUCAAAUUCGCACUGUAUUUUAGCGUAUAAAUAUUUACCUCCUCCGGCCAUCAUCUCCGACGAGGCAGUUUUUGUAUUUGUUUUUUAAUUUUUGGUUUUUCUUCGAGUCCCAAACAUGAUCGACGGUAACAUAUCGAUGGAAGAGGACACGGAGCUGCGAGAUCUGGUUAUUCAGACUCUCGAAAAUAAUGGUGUUCUUGCAAAAAUACGGGCCGAGCUUCGAGCUAGUGUUUUUCUUACUUUGGAGGAGCAAGAAUCUGUUUUGAACCCUGAACCUCUUCUCAAUAAACCAGUUAGGCAGUACCUAAGUAAACCAGAGGGAAAAGUGUUGUUUGCCUUAGUCAGAGAAUUUCUUGAAUAUUUUGGUCUAGAUUAUACGCUAUCAAUUUUUGAUACUGAGACAUACUUAGGUAAGGAAUAUGACUAUAAUGGUAGGAAAAAACUUGGUGAGGACUUGGGGAUUAGUACCAGUGAACCUCUGCUUGGUGAAAUCCUUAAAAAUACCAUAAAUGCUGCAGUUAAUGCAGAAAAGAAUAAUUCAAACCAGGUAAAUUUAGAUAAUUCUAAUCAAAAUGUUGACAACCAUGGCAAUUCAACAUUUGACAUUAGCAAUCCUAAAGUUUUACACAAAGAUUCCGACGUUUCCAACAACUCAUCAAAAAUAAAUGAUUUUCAAACAAAAAAUAUUCCAGAAGAAAUAACUGCAAAUAAAGUUGAAAACUUAUUGAAUCACAACAGCAUUGAUCAAAUGACUGACCAUAAAAUUGUGAAUGAAAAGUUGAAUGACACAUCUAAUCUAGCUUUAAAAGAAAAAAGUGCUCUUAUAAAUAAUAGUAAUGAAAAUACAAACAACAAACACCUCCUAGAUCAACUGAACAGAUCUUUUGAUAAUUUGAAAAAUAAGAAAAUUAAUGAACCAAUAGUUAGAGGUAAAACAUUGUAUUUUGAUGAAAUAAUUGUUGAUGGAACAAGUGAAAAAGUCACAGAAAAAAAAGAUGUAGAAUCUUUUGUUGGACAGUCAUCAAAUACUCCAUAUUCCAAUACUUCAAAUCUUGGUGAUUUACCACCUCUUAAUGGUAAAAAGACACAUAUGAAUGAUUUAAAAGAAUUAAUGGAUAUUGCUAAAUCUGUAUCACAAUAUGAUGAAGAUCUCCCAUCAUCUGGCUCAAGUCCUAGUGAACAGAGUCCAUCUAAAAUCCCUGGAGACAGUAAUAAACAGUCCAUCAGUCCAAAAGCUGUAAACGAGUCUGCUCAUAAUUCACUCAGUGAUAAUAGUGAAGAAAUACAUGAAGAAUUAUCAAGUGGAACAUCAUAUAUUGAUAACUUGUUAGAACUUCAACCAAAGGAUUUGGACAAAGUUCACAUAAACAAUGAAUAAUAUACUUGAAAUAGUAAUUAUUUAAAAUUAAUUAGACUACAUGGUAACUAUUUAAACAUGUUUUAGAUUAUAAUGAAAUUUUUUCAUUGAGAAGCAAUUGGCUUUACUACAAAAUGAGUGCCUAGACACAUACAGCAUUUCAAACUUAGAGCACAUUACAUAUUUUUAUAAAUAUCCAGUAAAUUAUUGGUAAUGUAUUUUAGUAUAAUGCAUAAUUUAACUGAGUCUAUUUUAGUUUGUGCAGUUUAUAUAUUUAUUUUUAUUACAAUCUGAUAUUGAGGGCUAUUGCCUAUGAAGACAAAUUUAUCGUUUAAAUUGAAUAGUAUAGAUUUUACAAUGAGUAACAGUAAGAAGAAAUAAAUGACUCAAAUAGAUGAGUGGUAAACUAAGAGCACACAUAUUGUUAAAACCAAAAAUCUAGUUAAUAAAAUAUUUUUAUGAGCACUUUAUUCAACUAGAUUUUUAAAAUAUGAAGCAAACUUUCUAUAAACUUUAAGUAAAUAUUUUACUUAUGUAAUUGUGUAUGUUGAUGCACAACUCAUUUUUUUAAUCAACGAAAGUAUUUGGUAUUGCCUUUUUGACAAGUACAUGCGCAUUUUUUAUGGUGGCAUUAAAGAUUCCAUCCGAUUAACAUGUUUACAAUGUAAAAAUAAAUAAUAGUUUAGCUGUUUACUAUGUAUAUUUUUACAUGUUGUUUUAGUAUUUGUUAUGCUGAGUAUAUAUAAUUGCAGAAUAA